AUGUACAUUGCAGCUGGGUUAGUGUUAAGGACCGAGGCAGACCGUGAUGUGGUGUCAAGGCUCCGCGCCGAGCCGCAGUCUGAAUUGGUUGGCACUUCCUCCGGGUUUUCGGUGGCGAUAACGCGAUACUCGCAGGCAGCAUUUGGUGGCUUAUUGUACCCAGUGCUUCUCACAUUCUUUGCUGGCCACAAGCGCUGGGGCACACAUCAAAGGGAGAUUUACCCCCCCUUGGGAGACGGUAUGAAAGGUGUGGCGCUGCUAAUAGCCCUAGGGGCACUUGUGGCGCUGACUCAGCAUUGCGCUGUUGCCACAACGUCAUGGACCCCCCCCGGCAUGGGAGUCAAUUAUGGCGGCUCCCUUCUAUCCACAAAAACGAUGACGCCAAAUGCAGCGGUCAAGCUCAUGACAGAAAAGCAGAUUGGGAUGGUCAAGAUGUUUGACGCUGACUCCACCAUCCUGAAAGCGUUGUUUGGGUCAGAAAUCGAGGUCGCUGUAGCUGUUCCCAACGACACAGCGGACGACUGGGUGACCAACAACGUGAAGCGCUACUUGUUCCCUGGCGGAGUAAAGAUCCGAUGGAUAUGUGUGGGCAACGAAGUGUUUGGCACGUGGCAGAUGGAUGCGUACAAGCCGUGGCUGUAUCCAGCGAUGCUGAAGGUCCUCAUCGCGCUCCAAGCUCAGAAGAUUGACAACGUGGUCAAGAUUACCACACCGGUCAAUACUGGAGACUUGGGCGGCUCAGACCCCCCCUCUUCCGGUUUCUUCAAGCCCGAGCUAGUGACCCUGUACCGCCAGAUCCUGAGCUUGCUGAAGGCCACGGGGUCCCGCUUCAUGGUCAACGUGUAUCCCUUCCUGGUAGCUGAGCAGAACGACUCUCCUGCGCUUGCCCAACAAGCCCAGUUCCGUGACAACCUGGGCACUUACGAUCCAGUUUCAGGCGUGUUCUACACCAACCUCUUUGACAAAACUGUGGACGCUACUUACGCAGCACUCAACAAGACUGGCUACCCGGACGUCGAUCUGCUGAUUGGGGAGUGCGGCUGGCCGACAGCUGGCAGCACUUACGCCAGCAUUGCCACGGCCCGGCAGUUCAAUUCGGACUUCACGAAGCGGUGCCUCAGCGGACAGGGCACGCCCGGACACUCCAACCGGACGCUGGGCUGUUUCCUCUUUGAGCUGCUGGACGAGGACCUGAAAGAGACGGGGCCCGGGCCGUUUGAAACGUCGUGGGGUGUCUUCAACGCAACAGGCUAUCCCAUGUACGACAUCGAUUUCACCAACACCACUUUCUUUCAAGCGGACGGUCUGCCGAAGCGGUGGUGCGUGGCAGGGAACAUCCAGAACGAGGCGCUGCUACAGAGUGUGGUCUCCUCGGUGUGUGGCUUCAACAGCACGGAGUGCUUGGACAUUGCCCCCGGGGGGGCUUGCUUCUCGCCCCCCUCCAAUAUGACGACGACGCAGCUGCAUGCUUCUUAUGCACUCAAUCGGCAGUACCAGCUGAACAAGCAGAACCCUCAAAGUUGCAACGGGGUCGUUGUUACCACAGACCCCUCAUUCAGCUACUGCAAGUUCGAGAUUGGUACCAAGGUCACUCCAAUCAUGGGCCCUCCAAACGCAAUAAGUCCCGCUAUCGUAAGCAGACCGCUUACAGGGUUGACGGUGUUCGUUCUCAUCGGCAUGCUGUUAUUCACCUUUUAGAUGAAUGCGGAACAGCGUCUAUCACUAGAGGUUCGUAGUCGAAGGGGUUUGCUAGGCAAGAUCAGUCUCACUAUAAGAAGGCGUGUGGGGCUUUGAGCGGGUUUGGCCCGUUAGAGCGUCGAUCUGUCUGUCCUAAGUUAUUGACAACAAGAGAGCCGCCUGCGCAGCGGAGAUUCUGGUGGAGUCAUGACCGUAAAAUCUGUACCGAUUGUACAAUAGCCAGAAGAAAGCGUAGUGUUUCAAUGUAGUAUUUAGGCUGAUGCUAGAGACGGCACUGAAGACGAGGCCUGGCACGUAGGCCACAAACUUACGGUGAACCAAUUCUACUGAUGCCAUCUGAAAACUUGGCUUCGUGUCUUAGUGCUCCACGUGCCACUUAGGUGGCACUGUUUAGGUCAGGCCGCCCGUUUGAGAGUCACACAGUAUGUCCGUUCGUCCUAGCGCAGCUCGUGAUCUUUUUGCCAAUGGUAGCU